CGCAUGUGUAUGACGCGUGUACAGGGCCGGAGUUCAGUAUACGCCCCACUCCUGUAGACAGUCAAAGGUUCAAGUUUGUAUAACACAGAAGGUGAGGACAAUUUAUGCUGGAGUAACAUCACUAGGUGAGAAAUACUCCUGCAGACAUCAGUAAAAGGUUCAAGUUUGUGUAACACAGAAGGAAGGAACUAAGUUAAUCACGGAAGGCUCUCCAGGAGGGAGGAUGGAACCAUUGCAAGACCAAGACCAAACUGAUCGUGAUGUUGGUCUACUUCUGACUGAAGUUUUAGACGAAAUAGAUAGAGGCCCACAACAGGGGCGACACCCCACUUCUACAUCUUCCACACAACAGAACUAUUAUCAGUGUCCAGUGUCCCAGACUAACAUCUCUAAUGCCUCUAAUGUUUCUGUUGGGGAUCUGGCACACAGGGGUUGCCUGUCACAGGACAACCUCACAACAAGGAUAGACAAUCUGAAGAAGGAAUUUAUUCACGUUCAUGCUCUAGAAGUAGCAGAGGAGUUGCUGAAAAAGAACAGACAUAUUGCCAUCAACGGAGCUCCAGGGGAUGGGAAAACCAGCAUCGCUUUAAUGCUUUGUGAUACAUAUCUAAAGAAAAGUCAUAGCGUAUUGUUCGUAGAAAACGUUGACCACUUUGAUGUUAACCUGAUCAUCAAAAGGAACAAUGAUAUGCUUGUUGUCUUUGACGACAUGUUUGGUUCUGUUACAUUACCGUCAAGUUUAGAAGCUAUCCACAAAGUGUUCAGCGCCCUGGUUGAAUCUGUGUGUGUCUUGAGUGUGUCACAACCAGAUAAAGCUACUUCAGGACAGACAUUCAAGCUUCACUUUCUUUUCACAUCACGAACCAACAACUGGAAUGAGGGAUGUUCAAGACUGCAUCAGUUCAAAGGCAGCCUCUUCAGUUCACAAGUUGUCGUUGAUUUGACAAAAACAGGCCUUUCAGAAAAAGAAAAGGAAUCCAUUCUCACAUCCUUCAUGAGAGAAAAUUCACAUUUCGACAUUUCUCAGGAGGAUAUGAAAGCUAUUACACAGAUACAAAACAGCAUGUUUGGAUUCCCAUUGACCUGUAGACUGUACGUCCAGAACACAGUCUUCCACAUGAAGACUCGAGACUUUUUCCAGCACCCUGUGACCUAUUUGAGAGGCGACCUUGACAACAUUGUCAGAGAACAGAGUAGCAGAUCAGUAGCUCUUAUUCUUCUCAUCCUGUGUGGUGGGAAACUGGACCUUGUUUCCUUUCAACUAGGAACGAGAGGAGCCUACACCGCCCUGUUUCAUGCUGUACAGGAGGUGGUGCCAUCGUGUACUCCAACGGACAUUGGUAACGAAAUCAGAAAUUUCAUUGGCUCCUACUGUAGAGUGGAGAAUAAUGUGGCUUCCUUCUCACAUCCAUCCAUCUAUGAUGUGGCAGCAUGUGCCCUUGGUAAUAUCAUCCCUGUGUUGUUGUUAAAGCAUUGUUCUAUGAAGUUUUUGUAUGAAAGAGUAAGACAGGGUAAGAACGAUCAACAACUGUCAACAGACACCGAUGAUGUCACAAAUAUGAUCUACAUCACGUCUCGACUACACCCAACAGUACUGACCAGGCUGGUGGAAGGCAUACAACAAGGAUGUUUCAGAUGGACACUCACCCAUCCUCUUUUGAGGGACGCUCGAUUUGCCUCCCUACUUCAACAAGAACUGGCUGAUCACUUGCAACACAUAGUUACAAAGAAGGACAAUGAUUCUGGUGAAUGUUUCUUUUAUUAUGUGUCACUGUCAGAUAGCGAUAUACUUUUUACCCAGUCAUUGGAAAUACUUCGUAGAAGGGAAAACAACCAAGUUCUUUCAGUGGAGAAUAGAAACUACCUCUAUGAUGGUUUAUUUGCCUGUGUGCUAUGGCAUAAGCUCAGACACCUUCAAGAUAUUAUAGAUAUGCUUCAGGAAGGUCAUAUUUUCGAUGUCAACUGGAGAAAGGGAGAUAGAACCCUGCUGAUGUUUGCUGCAGAGUCAGGUCAUUUGGAUGUGUUCAACGUAUUGUUAAACUUGAAAGCAGACGUUUUACUUACUGACAAGAAAGGAUAUACUUGUCUUCACCACGCUUGUAAAUCAGGGAGCAAAGAUGUCAGUAUAGCUAUUGUUAAGCUUUGUCCUGAUUUGAUGAAUGUAUUUGCCGAGAAAGGCCUGACAGCUGCCAUGUUGUGUUGUUUGUCAGGUCAGAAUGAAGUUCUGAAAGAACUUGUGCGGCUAGGAGCAAAUCUCAGUCUCACAGACAACAAAGGUAGAAACUGUCUUCAUUUGGCUUGUGAAAGUGGACCCCCAUCUACAGUGAAAUAUUUGUUGUCUCUGAAAACAACUGAUAUCAAUAGUAAAGGAUGGCUCAGGCAGACACCAGCUAUGAUUGCAGCACUACAUGGACAUUUUGAUGUCUACAACCUGCUGGUAUCAGAGGGUGCUGAUCUGUCACAUACUGAUGAUAACAACAAUGAUUGUCUGAUGUUGGCAUGCAUGGGAGGCAGCAUGCCUAUUGUUAAACACAUCUUGCCCUUGAAACUGUUUGCCAUCAAUAAGAGAGAAGGAUUAAACAAGACACCAGUUUUGUUGGCAGCAGAGAGAGGACACUCAGAUGUUUAUAAUCUUCUUGUGUCAGAGGGGGCUGAUCUGUCGCUCACUGAUGAUUACAAACAUGAUUGUCUGAUGUUGGCUUGUAUUGGAGGUAGCAUGCCUAUAGUGAAACACCUCUUGUCCUUGAAAACAUUUGACAUCAAUACGAGACAAUGGUUCAACAAGACACCAGUUAUGUUGGCAGCUCAGAGAGGACAUGUUGAUGUUUAUAAUCUUCUUGUAUCAGAGGGGGCCGAUCUGUCACUAAGUGAUUUGAUGAACAAACAUUGUUUGAUGUUGGCAUGUGAGGGAGGUAGCAUGCCUAUUGUGAAACACCUCUUGUCCUUGAAAACAUUUGACAUCAAUAGGAAAGGAAAAUUUACCAAGACACCAGUUAUGUUGGCAGCAAUGAGAGGACAUUUAGAUUUAUAUAAUCUUCUUGUAUCAGAGGGGGCUGAUCUGUCACUUACUGAUGAGGACAACAAUGAUUGUCUGAUGCUGGCAUGUAAGAGAGGUAGCCUACCUAUUGUGAAACACCUCUUGUCCUUGAAAACAUUUGACAUCAAUAGGACAGGCUGGUUCAACCAGACACCAGUUAUGUCGGCAGCAAACAGUGGACAUUUAGAUGUAUAUAAUCUUCUUGUAUCAGAGGGUGCCGAUUUGAAACUUACUGAUGUGAUGGACAAAGAUUGCCUGAUGUUGGCAUGUGUAGGAGGCAGCAUGCCUAUUGUGAAACACCUCUUGUCCUUGAAAACAUUUGACAUCAACAGGAGAGGAGGGUUUAACCAGACACCAGUUAUGUUGGCAGCAGAGAGGGGACAUGUUGAUGUAAGCAAUCUUCUUGUAUCAGAGGGUGCCGAUCUGUCACUUACUGAUGAUGGCAACAAUGAUUGUCUGAUGUUGGCUUGUGGGGGCGGUAACAUGCCUCUUGUGAAAUACCUAUUAUCCUUGAAAACAUUUGACAUCAAUAGGAGAGGAGGACAGUUUAAUCAGACACCAGUUCUGUUGGCAGCAGAGAGGGGACAUGUUGAUGUUUAUAAUCUUCUUGUAUCAGAGGGGACAGACCUGUCACUUACUGAUGAUAACAACAAUGAUUGUCUGAUGUUGGCAUGUAAGAGAGGGAGCAUGCUUAUUGUGAAACACCUGUUGUCCUUGAAAACAUUUGACAUCAACAGGAGGGGAUGGUUAAGAAAGACACCGGUUAUAUUUGCAGCAGAGAUGGGACAUGUUGAAGUUCGUGAUCUUCUUGUAUCAGAGGGGGCUGAUCUGACACUUACUGCAUGACGUAUCCCCCUUGACUACUCUGUAUAACUAAACCGAUGUAUUAAAGAAAACGUUGUUUUUCCAUGGUGUGAAGUAAAAGACGCUACAUCUCCUAAGAAAGGUUUUGAUUUACAAUGACACAACGACAAAAGGGGCACUCAAUGAGAGAAGUUAAAAUGUCACUAUCAAAACAUCUGUCCAAUGACGGUAUUGCAAGGCACUAACACCUGAUCAAUAACGAGUUCGACUACCUCGUGCAUCAAUCAACACCACAACACGUCGCCGUACUGAUGACGUCAAACGUGGGAUGACUUAAGCAGGCACCCUUUGUCUUUCGUCUAGUAGAGCUUUUCCAUGCCCGGACGGUUGACUGGUGGUAUUGGUCGCCUUCUGAUUUGUCUGUCAGGAUGAUUCCAUAAACGUUUGAUGGGGUAUCAUGCCACAAGGUCAUGCAACACAGGAAUGUUCCUGUUGUUCAGGAAGUCUUGCGGUAUUCAUGCUGUAUGGGAUCUCGCGUUGUCUUGCUGAAAGAGAAUACUGCAUGGUCGUUGUAGCAGAAAAGGAUGAAUAAAGGGACCUAAACGUCAUAUUGAUACCACUGUGCAUUCAGGUUAUGGUGAAUGAUGACAUACCUUUAUCCAUGAUACACUGGGAGAUUCCUGAGACAGCCAAGUGUGAAUCAGACCUGUACAAUGUAAAAUACGCUGAAUUCCAUUUUCUUUAUUAAACUUCACUUUGUAUAUUAUACCUGAUAAGUUGCUUUCUGGUAGAUUUAAUUUACGCCAGUAUGAUACCAUUCUAAACUUUUUAAAUGUUAAAUUGAUAUUUACUCCCCAUGUACCAUGAUAUCAGAGUAGUUUGCUUAACCUUCCACAUAUAUAUUUGCAAUAGCUUAACUGAACACGUUCCAGUAUAAUGUAGAAUUUUUGAAGCUUUAUACCUCAGAUCCAUACAACAAUCCAGUGGGUCAAAUAUUUUUUAGUUGUCAGUUAUUUGGUACUUCUAACAAUCGUAUUUAUUAUUUGAAUAACCCGGAAUCAAAUGAUCAAUAUCAAGUACAAACAUUUGUUGGCUGUUAAACAAAAGUCCAUUCUUAUUAACUGUGCUAAAUGUGUCUUAAAAGCUAAAAUGUAUUUGUAAUAUUGCUAACUGUCACUGUAUAAUGGCCUUUCAACUGAAUAAACCAUUAAGACAGUAUCACUGGCAUAGAGAAUUUACUAAUCGUUGAAUAAAACUUCCAAUUUCAAUUAAAAUAUGAUCAUUUACUUUUUCCAUACCGAUACUGUCAUUAUCUGACAAAAAUGACACGGUGUCAUUCAGAUAAAGAGCAAAGAGAAAUUGGGGCAAGUUUUCGCCGUGCCUUACUCCAAUGUUACGAGGAAAAAAUCUCAAUUACACUGCCAUUAUGAGAAUGACAUGAUUGUAUCUGUUU